CAGCGCAGUUUUUCCGGUGCACACAGACCACACCGUACCAACGGCUAACACUCCUACACGUUCACCGAAACUCACCAACAACAGUACCGGGUUUUGUUCCCCGUGUGUGUGUAAGCAGAACAAUCAUCUUACCCAUCACAGCACCCGCAGACGUCAGAUUCGCUCGGUUAACAUUAUCUCUACAGCAUCCCGUGUGUUGAGCAGCGGAGCAUUCGUUUCUGUGUGAAGUGAUUUGUUUUGUUGGCGAAGAAGAGUUUGUACGGCAAACUCUCCCAAAAAAACGAGGGUCGUGAAGUGGUGUCCACGGCUAGCACACGAGCACGUAGGCGGAAAAUAAGCGUGCAACAAGUUGUUUCCGGGUUCUUCGGUACAAGCUUAUCGAUAUCGAAGCCGGAUUUGUGCUGUGCAGUGAGAUAACAGAAAAUUGUGUGAUAUUGAAGUGGCCCCGGAUUGGCAUGUAAAGUGUAAUAGCUUGAUGUUCUAACCGGAACAAGGUGGAUCAGUUCAUGAAUUGUGUACCGAGUGUGUGAAAAGUGAAGAAUUGAACUUUCCAUCAAGGACACUACAGUGCCAAAACGGGCUUUCGGAUGGCCAGCAAACACUAAACUGCUAUCAGCGGAUAAGCAGUAGAAGAGAAAAAACCAACGCAGCAACCAUUGGGUAAAGUGUCAAAAGUUAAAUCCCCACCGGCAGUGUAUUGGAAACCUUGGCAACACAGUGUGGCAAGACAUUCUAAAGCAGGUUGGAGCUAUAAAGGAAGCAGAAAGGACGACCAAAAAAAGCUUGGCCUAGAAUAGUGCAACUACAAUAAAUACUACACCCGUGAUCGAUCCAGCAACAGUGACCACGAUGAAAACGGAGGAGAAAACAAAUGUGCCACGAGUGCGGAUAGCCGUGCUCGGGAACGUCAAUGUAGGAAAAUCUGCCCUCACCGUACGCUACCUAACCCGACGGUUUAUCGGCGAGUACAGCUCUAACACGGACCUGCUCUACAAGCAAACGGUGACACUCGACAGCGGUGUACUCGAUGUGGAAAUCGUGGACAUUUCGGCCGAAAACGAUAACGGAUUCCCGGUGGAACAGAUCCAGUGGGCCGACGCCUGUCUCAUCGUGUACAGCAUCACCGACCGAGGCAGCUACGAGUACGCCCAGCGGUCGUUGGCCGAGCUGAGGCAGCUGCAGAAUGCACCGUCGGCCUACCUGGUCGGUAACAAGGCCGAUCUGGAUCACUUGCGCGAGGUUCAGGAAACGGAAGGAGCAUCAUUGGCCGCAUCGCACGCGAUCGGUUUCUGCGAAGUUUCGGUUGCCGACAACACGCCCGCACUCUACAAAGCCUUCGAACGGCUGCUGGUAGAAUCGAGGGCCCGCCCGGUCAAGCCACGCAAAUUUUCCGUCAGCAAAAUGUUUGGAACGCUGAUCGGUAACAAUGGCACACGGCAGCCCCCGGUCAGCCAGGGCACAGUGGUACCGUGUCACAAAGGUGAGCUGCACAAGUCGCGUGUGAUGAAGCGGCGCCAGGCCUUCACAGCGACUGCCUCCCUAUGACCAACGUCGACCACGGCCGAGGACAGCAAUUAAACAAAGCAACGGUAACGGUGUGUAACAGUGUCUCUGUACCACACGCUCAAUCUCACGGCAGUUGGAGAUCGAGCUGGGGAUAGCUGCUAACGUGGUGAAUGGAACAGCGUGCAGCGAUAUGACGGACGGGUGGAUGGAUGUUUUCUGGGGCUAACAAAAUUUGUGAUGAUAGAAAUAAUAUUGGAAGUGAUCGUACGCCUCAUCCUUCCACCAUCCCUUCGUAAUGGCUUUGCGCCUUCCAACUCGGUUCUCUGGUACAGCAAAACCCGGCUGAGAACCGACAUUAGCUGAGCAUCGAUUCAAUCGGCGUUACGAUUCUAUUAACCUCAUCAGCGAAGCAGCCUCUUACAUCUUGAUUUAAUCCUAUUUAAUCCUUCCGAUCCCUGUCGUAACUUCACCCCCUUCAGCCAUCUCGAGGAACGCCUUUAUCGUUUUAGCUAAAGGUAGUGUAUCCUCGCAAAUGUCGCCGAACAGGAUGCAAGUGUUUGUGUGAGCAGGAACACGGUUUGGUUGAUCAUUUGCACAUCCAUCUUUCCCUUAGAAUCGAUAUCAAGCAUCGUGGUGCGCGUGAUUUUCGUAUGUUUCCUCCAAUGCCAAUAAGAUUAUACGAGAAAUAGGAAAGAAUUGUAGGGAAGUAAGAAAGGGAAGAUCGUGCUUUCGAAUGGAAAAUUUCCUCACGCUGAGCGUUUCUUUCCACCCAAUCGAGCCUCAUUAGUGUCGCUUGGGUGCGUCGACUGCUGGGUUGUGAAGGUUUCGUCGUCGUCUAGCUACUGGCAACUACACCGGGAGAAGCUGUCAGGGUUAACAUAGUGGUUGGAGUUAAUUUUUUGUUUUUCGGGGCAGGAUGUUGUUUUUCCCUACAGUCAAUGAAAUGAAUGUUAGGAAGCGAGGGAAAAAAGACUCGUAAACGUAAGGAGCUCCACGUGGCAUUCAUUUGAUGUACGGUGGAGGCUUUUUUUCUGCUGCCUAACCGACACUAGCUCUCCUUGUUUUCGUGCAAUAAUGAAACUAAUGGAUGAGCGGAACGUUUUGAAGGGAGCCAGCUUCUUUUGCAUCAUUUGCUUUCGCGCAGAAAGGUGAAACGGUGUUUAAGGAUGAGCAGGACAGAGCAGAUAACCAGACAAUAUCUACCUUCCCAUGAGGUAUAAUCAAAUGCAUGUGUUUGUGUAGUUGACAGAGCAUAUGUGGGCGGUUGUAAUUUUCCACACCGGAGCCUUAGAGGGCAGGAUGCACAAACAAGCGAGCGAGAGAGAAAAGGAGAUGAAAAUUUUCCAUUGCUUUGCGUCUCAUUACUGGGACAGAUCUAGGAUAUGGGAUUUUUCCGACAGAUCUAGGAUGUGGAAUGCGAGUACAAUAAAACAGCUCCCAAAUAGCGAGACAAUGACCAGACACAUAGUCACAAGCUGAGCCCAUCAGCUCAUUAAGUGCAACACAAGCUCGUGCUGGAGAAAAUAUUGCCAAGGGGAAAGUCAUCGAUUCCAUUUCGCAAUACUGCUCAACUGAAGUGUGUUUUGUAGAAUGUCCAAAUUCAAACCGGGAUCGAAAACAAGCCGUACAAGUGUGCUCGGUACUGCCCAAAUCGCUUCUGGGUACCGAAGCGCUUCGCCUGAUUGAUUCGGUGGAAAAUUACCUGUUUUACUGGAAAUUUAUUCCCGGUGGACGUGGUGGUUCCUCCUGGAAAAUACUUUGUUUUGAAGUUGGACCGCUGGUAGUGAUUGAAUUAGCAAACUGUAGCGAGCUAGCUUUGUUUUCCCAGCUAGCGAUUGUGGCCGGCGGCCUUAAUCACUUCAUUUCCCUGCCGUUACUUUAGUGGAUAUACGAAUGGUUGCUGGUUGUUUUGGUAAUUAUUGUUGCGAAGUGCCUGGUAACGUCCUGUUCGAUUAUUACUCAUCGAGCGCCCUAUAGUGACAGACGUUUACGAGUUUGGUCGAAUGGUGUUCCCGAAUUAGGAGCUCGGUUAGUAUUUUUACCCCAAACCUGUAUUUAGCCAUUCCGUGACACUUGCACUGUCUCGGUCCCACCUACUGCACGAUUCAAAUCAAACGCGUGAUAACGCGAAGGCGUGCGGUGUGAUCUGUACCGUAUGACGAUCUAUUUCCGAUCCGCCCCAGCCUGGCUGGAGCAACAGGACCGGUAGUCUAUUAUUUGCUCCUCAAAUGUCUACCGCAAACGGAGCAAUAAAUAGCAACCGAAUCGAACGCAACGCAAUCAUCAACGUCACUUAAAACAACAACACUAAGCUGCCGAAUAAAAAGGCCCGAUAAAGUGUGUAUCGUUCGGGUCCCGGCCCGGCUUAAACCUUCUCGAAACUGCAUUUGCUUUCGUCGGCUCUUUGUGAGCUUACGGUUUGACGCAAAUGCGCAUCCGUCAAGACCGGGUCCGAAUAGCCACCCAUCCCCUGGGAAGCCUGUCAAUGGCAGAGAUCUUUUCAAUUUUGCCCGGUAUUUUUUCCCCCCUCCCCCGGGGUUCCGAAUUCGACCCGGUUAGUUCUCAUUACCUUCGCACGCAGGUGCGGCAGGUUUCUAUGUGUGGUCGCGUUUUGAGACCGCGAAACGACCGCGCGUUUGACUGUGUGUGGUUUGACUCAUCGUAAAAAUAGAUCCCUCCACCCCUGCAGUCGGACUGCCGCAUAGAGGCCUGUUAUGGUGGGGGGGGGGGGGCGGGGGGGUUGGUUUUCUGUUUUUAUUUUUAAGGUUUGCAUUGGCCGGUUUGCCGGGGCCGGCCAGUUUUACUUCACCGGAACCGAUCCGGGAGUGCACAGUAAAACAAACCAGUGUGACAAACGUCACAGCGAGCGAAGCGGGACUCGUGCGAUGGCGCCAGGUUGGUGUGGGAGGGGGGAUGUAGGGGGUGACAUUGGCAUUUCCGGAUGAAGAUAGUAACAGGCGGAGGAGCCAGUAGUGGGAGAACGUUUAAUUCCAGCAUAUGCCAGUCGUACGUCACAUCCCGCCGUGCCAUUGUUUUGAACGGGCCUCCUUCUGUGACCGAGCGGUGACGAAGUUUAACUAUUUUUGAAUUUCUUUCUCUCUCUCUCUUGUGGAGGAAAGUUAUGGUUGAUGAGGGGGGGGGGGGUGGGGGGGGGUUUGCAUUUGCUUGUUACGCCCCAACCAAGGGACGUGCCAGCACAUCCUCAGACGUCAUAGACUAAGCGGUGGAAGAAGUAAAAGAUGCUUUACUGCUUCACAACUCACAAAACGGCAAACUGAUCGGUGAUCUUGUAGCGAGUUUAGAGAGUUUUUUUUCUCUGUUUUGUUUACGGUUGUGCCACGAUCACAAACCCCAAAAACCCCAGAGAUGAAUGAGUUUGUUUUUCGUGUGCUAUUCCUAUCAUUCAUAAAUUCCUAGCGGAGGCUGUGUGAGGGGAUGGUCGCUUUUUGUUUGGAAUAAUGGGGCAGAGAAAAUGAUGCUCAACAAGAAUGCUGUUUAUGGUGUGAUUUGCAAAUGAUCAACAAACCAAUAGGCUUACCUAACAAUAUUUUCCCCUGUUUUGUGAUUAAAAAUCCUAAUGAAUGUUUCGAAAGCAUUUUCUUUAUUUUUCAAUUGGACAAAACACGAGUAGGGGAAGGAUGAAUUAAAAUUUCAAGCAAGGCUGUGAGUAAAAGUUAAGUUUCUUUUCCUCGACCGUGGUUUUCCUCCCUACAUCCUGUGCCACUUUAAGCUGGAAAAGCUAGUGAAAAGAAAGAUUUUUUUGCUAGCCAAACGUGUCCACUACCACUACCACUUGCAUCCUGUAUGUUUUACUCACGCACAACUUUACCUUCUUCAAUGAAUAAGCACUUUGCAAAAACACACGCACAACCCAAAUCAUAUAAAAUAUCUCACGUUAAUGGAUGUCAAUGUAAGAAAUGCGAUAAAAAAUUCCCAUUACAGGAAAUGAAAUGUCAGUUAACACAUAGUGCGUGCUUCACCGCGCGUUGCAUAAACAAUUAGCUCGAAAGGAUAGCAAAAAAAGCUGGAGGAGAAUAAAUUGAAACAAAAAACCUUGCUCCGAGGAGCUAAUGUAACGAUAGAAAACCUGAAAUUUGAUCACCGUUUAUGAUAGUGCCAGUGUGUGUGUAUACGUGUGUGAGCCUGAUAUCAAAUUAUAUUUACCGCCAGAUUCGGAUAGACACUAUUGAAUGAACUCUGUGUGCUGGAGCCUAUUGUUGACAGUAAGCUAGGUACAGAAACACAUGUUAGGAAAAGAUGCGUACUUACAACAAUAUACACAACUGAAGCUCAACCAGCUGUAGCUAGCAAAAGCGAAAGAGUUCUAAACUGAGUUAAAGGGCUUUAUCAAUUUUGCCCAAGCCUAGAAAGAGAGAGAGAGAGAGAGAGAGAGAGAGAGAGAGAGAGAGAGAGCUAUAUUCAACUAUUGUUGAAUAUAAUAAAUAAGUACGCUAAUUUGAUUGCAAAUCGAUUAGGCAAACGAUCAAAAACAGCCCCCUUUGGGAGCUCCUUACCGAAAAAAGUAGAAGAAAAAAGCUCCUCCCCAAAACGAACUGAGACGCGCUCUACUAGAUUAAUUUCGCUAAUUGAUAACGGUGAUUCCCUGUCCGCGUGCAGCGUGGGAUGCUGCACUGCGCUAGUUAGGGUAAGCGUGAUUGAUAGCAUUAAUAAGGACCUGCGGCUAAGGGUAGGCAUGCUUAGCACGAGGCAUGGAAAAAUGUCCUAGAAAUCAGUGAUAAGCGCGGACGCAUUUUGCACGAUCGAUUCGAUGUUGCUUUUGCCCACCUAUUGGUCGAUUGGUUUGAUGGGAAAAUCCGUUAGCCGUUAAGUCCCAGUACACCCAGUUCUUGUAUUAUUAAUUGGUAAGUGUUGUAGUGUGUAAGAGCGCAGCCAGCAAAGGGACGGAACGGUCCCUUGUAACGAUCGAUAAUUGUUUCUCUUUCGAUAUCGGUGAAAUAAAGGUUUAGAAUUUGUAUGAAAUAAUAUUAAA